AUGACUUCUUCGCCAGUUACUGCUGCUUCUUCGAAUUUGGACGAUAUCACUGCAUCGCUUUUUUAUCAGCUACGCGAUAAAAACCGUGUUUACGAUUUCGAUAUACUGCAAUGCCCUAAAUGUCCGGAACGGCUGGAAGCACUCGAACUUGAUGUUUAUCAAGAAAAUGGUCAAACAUAUCAAAGAAUAUGGUGGACUUGUCGAGGCAUAAAAAAUCAGAGCUGCCACUUUCCGUUAUGGAUACCAAGGGAAGUUUUUUGGACAAGAAGGACAGAAGAACAGAUGAGGACAGGCUAUAUACCUUUGCCAAAUAUUCAUUUAUUACCACAACGUUUGUGGUAUCUCUAUCCAAAUGUUUUCCGAGAUAAAUUGGAUCGGGGAAACAUCAGUAAUGCCAAAAAGAAUAAUUCUGGUACAGUCACACCAUCUUCUGGUCAUGCAACACGAGGCAGUUCAGUAAGACCUGAAAGCGCACUUACGGAGAAUGAGGAAUGUAGUCAGGAUUCAUUUCUCAGUGCACCUUACCUCUCAGAUGAAACAAAUCCUUAUGUUCCAAAUGAAAUGGAAAUUUGGGAAUCCGAAGUUCCAAUUCGGCAGAUUCGAAUUGAUGAAGAAGAUAUGGAAGAAAGAUUUGAAUUGGUCAAGCACAUCCACUUGCCACCUGUAAAUAGUCAGCCUAGUGAUUCAGAUCAAAAAGAUUACGAAUGGGAAAAUUCAGAUAAUACGGGGAAAAGAGCAAAAGACAUGGUGUGUGAUUCGAAGUCGUGGGAAAUGGACUUGGUUCCAGAAUGUGUUGUUACCACAGAUUUUCCUUUGGAUUCGUUCACAGAUUCUUUCGUUCAGUUUUGUUCACAAAGAGAUUCUCCUGCUCAACAGCAACAAGAACAAUUGGAGGGAGUAAAUUCGCAAAAGAUACAUUCAAAUAACGAUGAUGUUAUUCUUGAAGUUUUACGAUCAACACCUCAAAAUAGCAUUUCUUAUACUGGUCAAGAUUUAAAGGAAGCUGAAUCUAAUUCUGAAAUAUCAACAAAAACUAUAAGAAAGCGGAAGCAAAGUGCUGCUUUCGAAGAGAAGUUUGAUGGAAUAUCUUGUGGUGAUUCUGUAUCAGGAAAUAGGAGUUCGAUAGAUCGGAUUUCACUCGUGGUGCCGUCUGUGAACACGAAAAUGCCAGAAUCUGUAAAUAUUGCUCAAAUACGGGAAGUUUUCUUAAAACAAAAACGACAGUUGAAUUCAGAGGUCGUCGACGAUGAUGGUGUGGUCGCUUCUUUGAUAAAGGAAUUAGUAGUUAGAGUGGCUUUGGAGCAUGAUUUCAUAAAAAAUGAAGCAAUAUCUUCACCACUGUGUGCAGGAGAGACACGGCAUCAUUUGUUGAAGAUAAUUUCCUUAGAAGAAGCAAAAAGAGAUUUCGGUGAUUUGACACUUGAAGAAUUGUUGAAAGGCGUCAGUAAUCUAAGGUCGUCCGCUGCGAUCCAAAAUUAUUUACAAAAAUGGCCUAAGAUGGAAAUAGAUAUCCGGAAGCGGCAAUCAAUAACAGAUCUUCGUUCAGAACAGAGUGUUGACAGACGUCCAUCUUAUUUUGAAAGAAAUGAUUCAGAUGCCAAAAUCUCGGCAAAAGUGACUACGAGUGUGGGAAUGAGACCAUUCUUCCGGAAACGACGGCUUAAUAGUGCUGAUCGACCUACCUUGCCACCGAAUUUGCCGGCAGAUCAGAAAUGCAUUGCAGCUGUAGAAGUGGCCCUAAAACAGUCCAUGAAAGGUAUUAAAGGCCCAGAAGAGACGAGUCCGGCUCCUCGGAUAUCUAUUCUGAAAGGUUCUUCUUCAAAGUUUCAUCCUGAUAUGAUCUCAAGUGAAAUAUUCGACUCACUGAACUGGCGUCGACCCGUGCAUUUUGGCGGUCGUACAAAUUUAGACGCUUUUGUAACGGCAUACAACUUACGAUACAAUCGUGCUGAAUACUUGGAUGCUCUUGGUUCUGAGCUAUGCAAGCGUAAAAUUAUGAAAUUUGUGCCAUCUAUACCAGUAAAGCAGCAGCGUCUCGUGCGACGUAUGCAACAGAAGCGGUCUGGUCAAGAAAGUGCACUAGAUUUGGAGACGCUCAAGAAGGCUGUUGAUCCAGAUGCGCUACGUGUUCAGAUCGCCCAUCGUCUUGGCAUCAAAGACCUUGACAGCAUAUUACCACGCUCUAAAAUAGGAAAUAAUCAGGGUGAUGAAGUAAACAGUAAAAUGCAGCAUAUCGCAUCUGCCCCAUUUACUGCGUCACCGGAAGUUUUCGAACCUGUUACCAUGGAGUAUACUCACUUGAACAAAAACGGUGAACAAGCAUCAGUGUCAAUUCCGUCAGAAAGCUUAUGCUCAUUUCCUGUAUCUGAGUAUGAAAGCAAAACUAAAAUCGAAAAAGAACGUGAACUGAAUGCACCAUUUAUUCUAUCAUUUAACGAUCCAGAAGUUGAUGCACUGGUACAUAGAAAAUUUAAAAAUUAUGUGCAUGAGGAAAACCAAACUGACGCUCUCACUCUUCAGCGCUCUUCAACUCAGCAAUUACGCAUGCCCGAACUUCUAGAAGCAUCCACAUCACGCAUCGAAUAUGUUGAUUUUGAGAGUGCUUUUGAGGAGUACGAAAAUGAUGAAGUACAACAGUUGGAUUCAUUUUUUGACACCCAUUUCAAUGGUCAUUCGUUAUGA